AUGGCGAUGCGUCCGCUCGCCAGGCUCCGUCACCAACUUUCCCCCUCCCUCCUCCGCCUCCAUGGCCCGCAGAAUGGGUGGCCUCCCGCCUCCGACUCCGCCUUCCUCUGGCGCGGGCUCGCCUCGUCAUCACCUCCCGCGGCCGCCACCGCGGCGGGUCGGGAGAAGAGCUCGAGACGGACUCUGGGGUACCUGCUCGGCGUUGCGGUCGCCAUGGUCGGCGCCUCGUACGCCGCCGUCCCGCUAUACCGUCGCUUCUGCCAGACUACCGGCUACGGCGGCACCACCCAACGACGCGAGAGUGUGGAGGAGAAGAUCUCGCGGCAUGCUCGAGACGGAACUACAUCAUCGCGAGAAAUAAUUGUUCAAUUUAAUGCUGAUGUUGCUGAUGGAAUGCCGUGGAAGUUCAUCCCUACACAGAGAGAGGUCAGAGUUAAACCUGGUGAAAGUGCUCUGGCUUUUUAUACUGCUGAGAAUCGCAGUUCAGCUCCAAUUACUGGUGUAUCCACAUAUAAUGUUGCUCCUAUGAAGGCUGCGAUUUACUUCAAUAAGAUACAAUGUUUCUGCUUUGAGGAGCAAACACUUCUUCCUGGAGAACAGAUUGACAUGCCAGUAUUCUUCUAUAUCGAUCCUGAGUUUGAGACAGACCCCAAAAUGGACGGGAUCAACAAUAUUGUUCUUUCGUACACAUUCUUCAAGGUGAACGAUAGUUAG